GACAGUAUAUUUUUUAGAUCGAAGCCACUACACAACAAAUUCAAAGAAUCAAGACGUAUGUUUAUACCUGAGAAUCAACUCUGAUGACGAAUUAAUAAAGGUUAUCAUAAACAAUUUCCCGUUUGGUUGCCACCCAACAAACAGUUGUUGUGGUUCGAAGGAGUUUGACAGGUAUCUGAUUUUAAAGAUCUUUCCAUUAUUUGUUGAAAAUGGGAUUGCCUGAUUUGCCCGAACAAACAGAAAAUGAAGAAAACUUUUGUAUGGAGCAGGACAAUAUAAUAAAUUUGGAAAUAACGUCCGAAGACAGUGAUAAUGAGUCGACAGAAGAAAAUGAAUAUAUGGGAUAUCAGCCAUUAAGCAUACAUGACUUGAAUGAAGACUCACACGAUGAAUCUCGUGUAAAUGAAAUGACGGUGGAUCGAUCAGAAAGAUCAAUUUCUAGUAAUGUGUUAUAUAACAAUCAAGAGUUUCUCAAUUUAGAUGUUUGGAACACUCCUAGACCAGAAGCUCUUAGUAUUGAAAUAGAUCAAUCAAAAGUAGCUCAGAUAAAAGAUGUCAUGGCUAAUUUUAAGCUUCCAGUAACAUCAGUUCCGGAUUGGGCAAUUGGAGUUCCAGAAGAACAAUGGAAAGAAGAUUUACUUGAACGUAUUAGGCAGAGACAGAAGCCAGACAUACAAAAUGAUGAAGAAAAUUCCACUGCAGCUGUUGAUAAACAAUGUUAAUUAUUAAGUUGUGGUGAUAUUUUUGGCAAAAUAUAUAAUUCUACUCACUCAAA